AUGGUGGAAAAGGAUGCACUCCCUGCAAGGAUAGCGACAGUUGCUGCUCGAAUCAAGGAGAUCAGGGUCAUGGCCCUCCACAAUGGUAACCGUUGUCUAAGCCUUCAUCUAAAAACAUCUCACCGACCGACUGUCAGGUAUAUACACGCAUUCGAGGUUAUGACCGAAGCUAUACAUCGCCUCUAUGAAGCGUCUAUGUACAGCAACUAUCAUCAUCUCGGUCUAGUGGACGAACCCGACAGACCUAUUACUACGUUUGCCAUAUUGAGCGCGCUUGGUUUGAUCAACCCUGAGUCCGACAAGGCAGUGUCAAUACAGGAGCUGCUGGCUACAACGGACAGAGCGAGGGACGGCCAUCUAGCGGUUGAUAAUGAGCAAUAUCAGCCUCUCCUAUGGAACCAGCCGUUGAAUUUUCCCUCGAACAUUCCCGGCUACGCGUGCGAGCAGCCAGAACUUUUCGCAACGCCAGCCUCAUCUGGGACCCGAGGGCAACUAAUGGAGACCGAAUUCUGCCAGCCCCAUGAACACCAGCCCUUCGAUGUCAACACGGAUAUUCAUGCCUUUCCCCAGCCGUCUGGAGACCGAGAUGUCUUCUUCAGCGAAUGUUUCUGGCAGAUACCUGCAAAUGAAUGGAAUGGCCAAAUGAAGUCCAAGGUCUCCUCCCGGGUCAGACUUACCACUAUAGCCGUGUCGAUAGUCCCCCAUUCCCUUGUCCGUGUUUAG